AUGCAGAUACCCAAUGAGUACAUUUCUACGGCCGAAGAUAUAGCGGAUCAGGUCAUAAGAAAAGGAAAGAAUGUACUACCAACAGUGGCUCGGCUGUGUCUCAUAUCCACAUUCCUUGAAGAUGGUCUACGAAUGUGGUUCCAAUGGUCAGAGCAAAGAGACUACAUGGACAUGUCAUGGGGCUGCGGGAAGUUCCUUGCUACAAUGUUUGUUAUAGUAAACCUAUUUGGUCAAUUGGGAGGAUGCGUAAUGGUGCUGGGCAGGUUGAAGGUGGAUAUAGCCUGUGGCAUGCUCUUCUUCAUUGUAGUGUUACAGACAUUCGCAUACAGUAUAUUAUGGGAUAUGCAAUUCCUUCUACGAAACUUGGCUCUCAUAGGUGCCUUGUUACUAGUCGUGGCGGAGGCCCGGGCUGAAGGGCGGAGCUUGUUCGCGGGUGUGCCCUCGCUCGGUGAGAACAAGCCGAAAUCGUAUCUGCAGCUUGCUGGUAGAAUUCUGUUGGCGUUCAUGUUCAUCACGCUGUUGAGAUUCGAAGUGUCGUUCUUGCAGAUUGUCCAAGACCUGCUCGGCAGCAUCCUCAUGAUCCUGGUUACAGUGGGCUACCGUACCAAACUGUCUGCACUGAUGCUGGUUCUUGUACUGUCAGUCCUCAAUUUAUAUCACAAUGCGUGGUGGGCGGUGCCGUCUUACAAGCCGCUCAGAGAUUUCCUUAAAUAUGACUUCUUCCAGACUCUAUCGGUGAUUGGCGGUCUACUCAUGAUAGUAUACCUUGGGCCUGGCGGUGUUAGUAUGGACGAGCACAAGAAAAAGUGGUAG